AGAUCGACAAGGAACCCCGAGCCCCUAUCUUCCUUGCUCAGAGUUGCGAUUCGGAGACUUCGAGGGAGAGUGAGAUCGACCGCAAUGAGGAUACGGAAGCAAGCAGCCAAGAUGAUGAUGGGCACUGGGCUGUCUCCUCCUCCUCCUCCUCCUCCUUCCUCCUUCAAGUUUCCGACAUUGCUCGAGCUGAUGGAGUCGAAACAGGAAGAAGGGAGCGCCGAUUACGCGGGGAAGGCGAUAGCGAUGAACGAUGAGGGCGAGGCGAGGGAUCAGGCGGCGAAGAGGGGCUCGACCGAGGUGGCGACGACGUGCAGGAGGAGCGACGGGAAGAGGUGGCAAUGCAGGAAUGCGGCGGUCGACGGUCAUCCUUACUGCGAGCACCACCUCUCUCUGCUGCGAUCGCGCACCUCCGUGUCCUCGUCCAGCCGGAAGAUCAAGAAGGCGAAGAAAGAGCACAAGUUCAAGAAGAAGGCAGCAGCGGCCGAGACAUGGAACAGCAGCGGAGCUAAGCGUGGAGAGUGCAACGGCGGUGAUGGGAAUGAGAUCGGCGGGGCUGUUCUCGACGCCAUUAACUGAUCAUUUCUAUCUCGAUUUGAAUGCUUUCGUGCUUCCUCUUUUGGCGAGUUUAGUAAGCCCAUUGCAAACCGGUGAGAUGCGAAUGAUAUGAAUAAAAAGCAA